AUGGGAGCUGUAGUGUCUUCAGGGACCUCGCUGUCGUCCGAUUCUGAGUCGGAUCGUUGUGAGGAUUGGGCCAAAGAUGGCCGCCCCCGUUCCGAGGCGCGGAAAAGCGUGGCCACCGACGGACCUAACACUCAAAUAGCCUCCGUUCCAGGUAGCUGUGAGGAAUGUUUUUGCUCUUCAUUGAAAGAUCCGGAUUCUGACUUUAAUAUUGCAUAUUGUUCCAAUAUUAUAUGCAGUACGUUAUGUCCACCAGGCCACGAGUAUGAAGAUUCUCCUGGUCAGUGCUGUGGAAAAUGUGUCCAGACAUCAUGUGCAAUUGCAAUGCCUACAACAGCUGAUGAAUCACUGUUGACUACACCAAGUGAAAGCUAUCAAUUAAUAAUGGCUGGAGAAACCUGGUACCCAACUGGUGAUGCCUGUACAUCAUACAGGUGUGAGGUGGCAGAUGGUCAGUUUUCCACUGUUGUAACUAAAGAGACCUGUGUAUAUGUUAGAGAAGAGGACUGCGAACCCGGGGAAGAGUACAACAAAUAUCCUGAUCAAUGCUGUGGACAAUGUGUGCAAACAGCCUGUGUAUUUAUUACUGCUAGUGGAGAAAUGAAGUUCCUGAUGGAAAAUCAAACAUGGUCUUUAAAUAAUGAAACCUGCACUUCCUAUUCAUGUCAACGAUUACAAGGACAUUUAUCCACUGUUAUAAUGAUGACUAACUGUUUAUACCAGAGCGCAGAAGACUGUAAAUCUGGGGAAAGGUAUCAGAUCAUUUCUGGACAGUGCUGUGGGCAGUGUGUGAAACAUUCGUGCAUAGUAAAAACAUCCAGCGGAGAGACAAAACUUUUGACGGCUGGGGAACUCUGGUAUCCAAGUGAUGACAUCUGCACUUCCUACACAUGUACAAAAUCAGACGGUCGGCUUGACAUUGUCAAAGAAACAGAAACAUGCACUCAUAAAAGUCCAGAGCAUUGUGCACCUGGUACUGAGUUUAGGAUACCAGCUGGACAGUGCUGUGGAAUGUGUGUACCAACUCAAUGUUAUGUUACUACAGCCACUGGAGAAACUAAGUUACUGAUGGUAACUGAAAUAUGGACUCCUGUUAACGAAACCUGCACAUCUUAUCAAUGCACACAAGUGCAGGGUCAAUUUAUUACUGUUAUUACGAAUGAGAUCUGUGAAAAGCAGAAUGCAAACGACUGUGGAACUGGUCAGGAAUUUCAGAAAUCUGACAAUCAAUGCUGUGGGAAAUGUGUUCAAACUGCAUGUGUGGUUACCACCAAGGAAGGAACCAGCAAGCUGUUGACGGAUGGUGGCACAUGGACUGCAGAAAAUAACAGAUGCGUUACAUAUACUUGUAAAAAAUCACAAGAACAGUUGAUCACUUCAGUAGUAGAAAUGUCCUGUGCAAAUAUAACAGAAAGCGAUUGUGAAUCUGGCACUAUCGAACUGUCUCCAGAUGGCUGCUGUAAUGUAUGCAAAGCACCAAGAGCCUGUGGACUUAUGCUCAACGAUACAGUCAUAUCAGUAGAUGGUUGUACUAUACAAGCUGAAAUACCAUAUUGCAGUGGAGUUUGCUCAAUCUCUCAGAUGUUUUUUUCUGAACAAUCAGGCAAAAUGGAAAAGGAAUGUCAGUGCUGUACUUCGCUGAAAAUUAGCAAGCGUCAACUGAGUUUACAGUGUCCUAAAGGAAAUUUUGUGCAGUAUAAUUAUGACCAUGUGGAAAGCUGUGGCUGUCCAACAGUUCUUUGUGAAGUUUGA